AUGUCAGAACGCAAGAGUCUCAAGAUCGCCGUGGUUCCAGGUGAUGGAAUUGGAGUGGAGGUAAUGCCUUACGGAGUUCGAGCCCUUAAAGCUGCGGCCAAAGUGUACAAUCUGUCACUGGAAUUCGAAGAGUUUGAUUUCGCCAGUUGUGACUACUAUCAAAAACAUGGUGAUAUGCUACCACCUGACUGGAAUGCCACAUUGUCCAAGUUUGAUGCGAUCUACUUCGGCGCAGUUGGCAUGCCGGAUCAAGUUCCGGACCAUGUUAGCCUGUGGGGAAGUUUACUCAAGUUCAGGCGGGAAUUCGACCAAUUCAUCAAUCUACGGCCAGCUCGAUUAAUGCCUGGAGUUCAGUGUCCUCUGGUGGGACGGAAACCAGGCGACAUCGAUUUCUGGAUUGUCAGGGAGAAUACUGAGGGCGAGUAUAGCAGUAUAGGAGGCAAGAUAUUCGAGGGUACAGAACGGGAAACAGUAAUUCAAGAGACUGUCAUGACUAGAACAGGGGUAGAUCGGGUACUAAAAUACGCCUUUGAACUGGCCCAGAGUCGACCAAAGAAGCACCUAACCAGCGCAACUAAGAGCAACGGCAUCAGUAUCACAAUGCCUUAUUGGGAUACGAGGGUUGAGAAUAUGGCCAAGACCUAUACCGAUGUUAAAGUCGACAAGUAUCACAUCGAUAUCUUAACCGCGCACUUCGUAUCAAGACCGCAAAUCUUCGAUGUCAUCGUUGGGAGCAAUCUGUUUGGUGAUAUCCUUUCAGACCUGGGACCAGCAUGCACAGGAACCAUUGGUAUCGCUCCAUCGGGAAACAUCAAUCCAUCCGGAGACUUCCCUAGUCUCUUCGAACCAGUCCACGGAAGUGCUCCUGACAUUGCAGGCAAAGGCAUCGCCAAUCCAGUCGGUAUGAUCUGGGCUGGUCAGAUGAUGCUGGAGCAUUUUGGUUACAUAGAGGCCGCAGCGGCAAUGCUGAAGGCCAUCGAGAAUGUACUCUCCCGAUCGGAGAAAACGGUCCUCACCGCCGAUAUGGGUGGGAAGGGCAACACACAGUCGUUUGGCGAAGCCAUCGAGCAGGAAAUCCUGGCCUUUCAGAAAUGA